GUUAAUAUUUGUCGGCGCAGAGCUCUGUAUGCCAGAGCAUUUUAAGUGAAAAGAUUUGGUAAAAAAAUAAUAAUAAAACUAAUCAAAAGUACUGAAAAAUUAAAAAAAUAUAUUAAAUAAAUGACUAGUGUACAAGAACGCUUACAAAUCAAUCGUAUGCCAUUGGAUAAAUGGUCGGUCCGUGAGCAAUUAUGUUUGGCCUCGGCCGUCGCCUGUAGUGGUGAUCAAAAUUGGAUGUCUGUCAGCCGAACAUUGAAAAUUGUUUGCGGAAAUUCUAAAGAUGCUUUGCAAUCUCGACCGGCCGAUUGGUUUUCACAAAAAAACUGUGCUGUUCAAUAUGGUCAACUAUUGGAAGAUGUUGAGACACCAAAGCGUAAGAAACGCACAUCGGAGAGUAGUGUAUCGUCUUCACCGGCCACCGUAGAGCCUCCCACUGAAGCUAUACUCAAACGGUUAACGGAAGAGCGUAUGCAAGAGAUAAAAAUGGAAUUGAGGCGGGAACAGGAAGAAUAUGCCAAAUUGUAUGCUGAAAUUAAAGCCAUACAGGCUGGACAAAUUGGUGAUGAUCAGUUGCUUCAAAUGUGGAAAGAACUUGAAAAGGAGCAGGAAAUGCAAAGAAUAGAAGAAAUGAAGUUAGAAAAUCAAUUGCGUGAAAGAGAGUUAAAAAAGCAAGAACUACAAAGAAGUUGGCGUACAGGUACUAAUACACACAGUUCAUCUUCUUCAACACACUCACAGAAAUCAUCAACAGAUACUACAGCUGUGGAUAUGGAUGUAGAAGAAAUCAUUGGUACAGGAAAAACAAUUAUACAGUCAAAUAACAAUAAUAGUGCAGCCCAAAUACAAACAGGUACAUCACCUUUGUUGUCAUCUCUCUUAAAAUCACCCACAACAGGAGCACCAGCAACAAGCCUAAUACCUUCAUCUCCUUCUGUACGCAAUACUGCGCCCACUAUAACAACUCUAUUAACGGGAGGAUCUAUACCAAAUCAAAAUCAGCCAGCUCUAAUACCAUCGCAUGAUGAAGCGGUCCAACUGUUGACAAGACCCAUAAGUGGACCUCCAUUGGAUACUAUAGCAACUCCAGCAUUAAUUACGCAGAAUUUAUUAAGUCCUUCACAGUCAGCACCCACUCUUUCAAUGUUGCUCGAAAAGAACAAAAGCGGUGGGCCAUUCCCAAUAGAAGCUAAAAAUUCAGAUUUAACUGCUUCAACAAAUGCAAAAGUAGUGGAAAACUCGACAAUGAGUGAUUCCAACAAUGAAUCAGUGCCAAUGGAUAUUGAAGAGGAUUUAACGGCAACAAAAAUAGAGUCGAAUGAGGAACUACAAAGUGGCGACAUCGAUGAUACCGAUCCGAAUGAAGAGCAACAGCUUUUGGAAGUUUUUAAGAACAUUGGUAAUAUAGAAGAGUUAGACAUCGAUGUUUCCGAUGUUAUAGACGAAGAAGUAGAUUUUCUAAAAGGUGUAGACGAAGAAACUCCACUGGAUGAAAAUAUUGACCUUGAGCAAAAAUUAGAUGAUAAUUUUACUGAACUGACGGAUAAUACAAAACUUUUUCAUAAUGAUGCUAGCUCUGGCGAUUCUAGCGAAAAGUCAUUAACGGCGCAAAAAUCUGUCGAAAUUAAAUCAGAAGGCGGUAAGAUAGAAAUAAUAUCAAGCGAUGAUUCCAAUGAUAACAUACCACUGGCAGCUGUGGCAUCUUUGGAAUCUUCUAAGGAUCGUUUGAAUAUGAACGAAUCAUCGAAUGAAGAGCAUUUUUUAAAAGAUCAGGUGGAGUCUGCAAUUUUAAAAAACGAACUAGAUCAAGUAGAAAUCGCAAAUGAAACUAGUUCCAACAAUAGCGUGACCAUUAAACAGGAAAUGCUAGAUGAUCACGAAAAAAUCAUUGCGGAGCCUUCACCUAAUGACAAUGAGACAAAUAACAAAAAACAAACGGCAGAACACAUUGAACAUAAGGACGAUGUUUUCGUGGCACCCAUGGUGGAAGAGAUAAAACAGGAAAGUAUUGCUAAAAAAGAUAGGGAAGAGGUCAAGGAAGAACAACAUCAAGAAGAAAGAGAAAUUAAAAUGGAGACAAAAGAAGAACAUGAAAUGAAUGUAGAUACUUCAAAUUACGUAGAGGAAAUGGGUAAUAACGAACAGCUAACUUCUAAUAGCAUGAACAACGAUUCACAGCAAGAACCCACGGAAACUUUGGUGAUGCCAAAAAUACAGCCACCACCAUCUAUAUCUAUUGCAGAUACUGAUGAAAACUCUUCAUCAACAGACAUAAGUGUGCAGACACGUAAAGAUGAAAAGCACAGUAGUAGCCGGGGACAACGAAAAAGUCCACAUGAAACUAAGACUGACGAUGAAAUGCCGAAUCCCUCCUUACAACAAAUGGCAACACCAAAUAUUAACACAGCUAGUGGCAAUCUAACACCACGACCAACAGCUCUACGUAAAUUACGCGAUCGUGAUCGUUCGGAAAGUCCAAUGAUUGAUGAUGACGCCACCACACAUAGUGAUCACUCCACAACAAAUCAACGCUCUCGAAGGCGUUACUCUUCAACACCAGUCAUCGACAGUAUACCAAAUUCGCCGGCAUCCAGUGAUCGUGACGAACGUGAACUCAGAACCUCCAAAAAGUCUCUACUUAGUAUCUACAAUGUUUUGUACUCCAGUAAAUAUUCUGCCACUUUACAAAGAGUUCUUAGUGAUGAUUCCUCUAGCCAGAGAUUAGAUGAAAUAUGCCUCAGAUCCAUAGAUUUUAUAACAAUAAAGCGAAAUAUAGAAACUGGUCAUAUACGCUCUAUCUAUGAGUUGCAAAGAGACAUUCUAUGGAUGUGUCAAAAUGCUCUAAUGAUUACUAAAUCAUCUUCGGCUACAUUUAAAACUAUUCUACAGUUUCAACAGGAAUGUCAAAAUAUAAGAGAAUUUAUGGCUAAUGGCUGUGAAACGGGACAAAAGAUGGAUCGAGAAACUCGUGAUACUAAAUCGAAUAGUUCAACAGCUUCCUCCACUGGUGGAGGUACCUCAAAGGGACGCAGUGGAUCUAGGAAAAGUUUACGUUUAUCGUAAAGUAAAUGAUACAAUUAAUUAAUAUAAAUAAAACAAUUAAUUAAUAGAAAACAAUAAAGAUAUAUUCAUACAUACUACAUAACAA